AUGCACACAUAUAACGACUAUGUAACUGCAGAUGCAAUAGCACAUAAUCUAUCUGCCACUUCUUCUCCACCCAAUAUGCCUGAGAAGGAGGUGGAAGAUCCCAAAAAGAAGCGUGUCAGGCAACCGCCUUCAGUGCCAUUUCUUUGGGAAGAGAGGCCCGGAAUGCCCAAAAAGGACUGGAAGGACAAAGCUUCUUUGUCUAGGCCAUUUCCACCACCAGCCAAGCUAGUUGCUUCAAUCCCCUUCACAUGGGAGGAGAAACCGGGAAAACCACUCACCUCUAUCUCACAGCCACCAAAAGAAUCCAAAAGACUGACCUCGAACACAAACCUCAUUGGCGCACCAUUGCCUCUACCUCCCUCCCAUUGCCUUGAAGCCAAUGGUUCUUAUAGAGAAUUUAGCGAUGAUGAUGGUGAUAGUGGCUCGAUUGACGAAACAUCUGAGUUGGAUGUUGAACCAUUUCUCUUUGAAACGGAUGAUAAUUCAUUUAGUUCCCCACCCUCUGUUCUGGUAAAUUUGUUUUUGUCGUCUACAACGAUCUCUACAGCCGUUCCGGUGCAAAUGAUCUCUUCGAGGGACAAUUCUGGUCCAGAGAUUCAAUCCGGUCUUUCAUCACCAGCUUCAGACUCUAAAAGUAGCAGGAGCAGUUCUGUGUCUGGAACUUCAAGCCUUGUGGGUGCUUCCUUCUUGGAAUGCCUCUUUCCAAUAAUUCCACCGAACUCUGGUUUCCUAGAAAAAGUUGAGUCCUCUGAGAGAAAGCCUUCUAGUGUAUCAGAGCUAAAUGCUACGACUGUGGAUAGAGAAAGUAAUAGCAGCCUCAUGGUAAGACGACCGAGGACUCUUGGGGAGCUCAUGCUGAUGAGCCGGAGGAUGAGUUGCAGGAGGAAAGCCGUGCACAAGAGAAAACAAAACCUGUCGAUGGAAUUUGCAAGACAGAGUGCUUUCGGAUGCGGCAUCUUUGAAUCAGGCAGCAAAAUGCUCAAAGGUUUCAGUUGCAAGCGUCAGUUAAGAUUCAAGCUGGCCUGA